UGGAAUAACACAGGUGAUUACUAGGUGGCAAAAUGACAAAAUUCACUGUGUUCUUUGAUCCAUGAAUUUGAAAUAAUCUUUCAUCAAGUUCCAUCUCCUUGAGCCUCAUAUGGAAUGCAUCUCUCUGUCUGUUGUUAAACGACGAUGACAUGUCUGCAGCUAUCAGAAAGAGAAGCUGGGAAGAACAUGUGACCCAACGGGUGGGACAGCCUUUUAGUUCUGAUGAUUGCAACAGAGUAUGUCAUCAUGGACUUGUAGCCGACAGCUUGCAGGCAAGUAUGGAAAAAGAUGCAACUCUCAAUGUGGACCGCAAAGAAAAGUGUGUUUCGCUCCCAGACUGCUGUCACGGAUCAGAGCUGAGAGAUUUUCCUGGGAGGCCAAUGGGUCACAUUUCAAAGGAGGUGGAUGAAAAUGACAGUCAUGAAGGUGAAGAUCAGUUUCUUUCUCUGGAAGCCAGCACAGAAACACUUGUGCAUAUUUCUGAUGAGGAUACCGAUUCUGAUCUAUACCUUGUGGAUGAUAAACAGAUUUUAACUACCCAAGGGCAUAAAAUAUCAGACCAACAUAAUGUUGAAGGAGCAGGCUCCUUAGUAAAGACACUGCCUAUCAUGGAAAGUAACCAAGAUUCUUAUAACUCCUGGGGAAUGGCUGGGGAAGCUGAUUUGGUAGAAGAUUGCGGGGAAAAUAAAGUUGCUGAUACUGUAAGAAGCCUGGAGCUUUGUAGUGAUAUAAGCUUAAAUGAAACAAAGGAUGUACCCAAUGUAAUUAUGCUUGAUUCUUUGAAUGUGAAAGAUAUUGUGCCUGAGAAGCAAUUGCUGAAUUCUGCCGUAAUUGCCCAACAACGAAGGAAACCUGACUUCACUAAAGAUGAACCUGAAAGAAAUACCCUCGACGUCAGACAGGAUGAGUUCUUGGCUACUCCUUGCACAGACAGAGGACUGCCAUUAUUAAAAGCAGAUUUUGGAAGCUGCAUUUUGCAGCCUCCUUCCUGCCCCAGUGGAAUGUCAGCUGAAAUCGACCUGGAGAAGAGCGGUUUCUCAGAACAUCAAAACAAAAGUCCUCCAAAGGUCAACAUGGAAGAUGGCAUGCAGUGUUUACAUGUGAGGGACUCUCUGACCACCCAGGAGCCCACAGAGAGCCAAGUCAGACUUCGCAAGAGAAAGGAAAUGAGAGAAGAUCGAGAUAAAGCGCGACUGGACUCCAUGGUGCUGCUAAUUAUGAAACUGGACCAACUUGACCAGGACAUCGAGAAUGCUCUCAGCACCAGCUCCUCUCCAUCCAGCACACCAACAAACCUGCGGCGGCAUGUUCCUGAUCUGGAAUCGGGAUCUGAAAGUGGAGCAGAUACUACUUUAGUAAAUCAGACACAAGUAAAUUUGCCUUCUAACACUGAGUCCACUGAUCUACCAUCUUCCACCCCACUGACCAUUUCUGGAACCAAACCCAAGGCAAUGGCUAUGCCAGGUGUUUCAGAGAAGGAAAAGGCUGAAAUCGAAGCCAAGGAAGCCUGUGAUUGGCUGCGGGCAACUGGUUUCCCCCAGUAUGCACAGCUUUAUGAAGGCGUCUAAAUACUUUAAACAAAUGUGCGGUGAUGAAGCUAGAAAUUAGUCCUCAUCGGAAGAGAAGUGAGGAUUCAGAUGAAGAUGAGCCUUGUGCAAUAAGUGGCAAAUGGACUUUCCAGAGGGACAGCAAGAGGUGGUCCCGGCUUGAAGAGUUUGAUGUGUUUUCUCCAAAACAGGACCCAGUCUCUGGGUCCCCAGAUGAUUCCCACCUGAAGAACGCCAUGAGCCAUGAAAGUAUGCUGACGGACCUCAGCGAGCGCCAGGAGGUAUCUUCUGUCCGAAGCCUCAGCAGCACCAGCAGCAUCCCCACCCACGUGUCCCAGAGUGGGGAUGCUGUGACACCCCGGACUAACUCCGUCAUUAGUGUCUGCUCCUCCAGCCACUUUAUAGGCAAUGACGACUCUUUCUGCAGCCUUCCCUCUCCCAAGGAACUAUCCAGCUUCAGUUUUAGCAUGAAAGGGCAUGAGAAAAAUGCCAAGUCUAAGACCCGAAGCUUGCUGAAACGGAUGGAGAGCUUAAAGCUCAAGGGCUCCCACCACAGCAAACACAAGGCACCCUCCAAGCUGGGGCUGAUCAUCAGUGGGCCCAUUCUGCAAGAGGGUAUGGAUGAGGAGAAGCUGAAGCAGCUGAACUGCGUGGAGAUCUCAGCCCUCAAUGGCAACCACAUCAACGUCCCCAUGGUACGAAAGAGGAGCGUAUCCAACUCCACUCAGACCAGCAGCAGCAGCAGCCAGUCAGAAACUAGCAGCGCUGUCAGCACACCUAGCCCUGUCACCAGGACACGGAGCCUCAGUGCCUGCAACAAGCGGGUGGGCAUGUAUCUAGAGGGCUUUGAUCCUUUCAAUCAGUCCACAUUUAACAACGUGAUGGAGCAGAACUUUAAAAACCGCGAGAGCUACCCAGAGGACACAGUAUUCUACAUCCCUGAAGAUCACAAGCCUGGCACCUUCCCCAAGGCCCUUUCCAAUGGAAGCUUCUGUCCUUCGGGAAAUAACAGCUCUGUGAACUGGAGGACUGGAAGCUUCCAUGGCCCUGGCCAUAUCAGCCUAAGGAGGGAAAACAGCAAUGACAGCCCUAAGGAACUUAAGAGACGAAAUUCCUCAAGCUCCAUGAGCAGCCGCCUGAGUAUCUACGACAACGUGCCAGGCUCCAUCCUCUAUUCCAGCUCAGGCGACCUGGCCGACCUGGAGAAUGAGGACAUCUUCCCCGAGCUGGACGACAUCCUCUACCACGUGAAGGGGAUGCAGCGGAUCGUCAACCAGUGGUCGGAGAAGUUUUCAGAUGAGGGAGACUCGGACUCAGCCCUGGACUCCGUCUCUCCUUGCCCGUCCUCUCCAAAACAGAUACACCUGGAUGUGGACAACGACCGAACCACACCCAGUGACCUGGACAGCACAGGCAACUCCCUGAAUGAGCCUGAAGAGCCCUCUGACAUCCCGGAAAGAAGGGACUCCGGGGUGGGGGCUUCCCUGACCAGGUGUAAUAGGCACAGACUGAGAUGGCACAGUUUCCAGAGCUCCCAUCGGCCAAGCCUAAACUCUGUAUCUCUGCAGAUUAACUGCCAAUCUGUGGCCCAGAUGAACCUACUGCAGAAAUACUCGCUUCUCAAGUUGACAGCCCUGCUGGAGAAGUACACACCUUCUAACAAGCAUGGUUUUAGCUGGGCUGUGCCCAAGUUCAUGAAAAGAAUCAAGGUUCCAGACUACAAGGACCGGAGCGUGUUCGGGGUCCCCCUCACGGUCAACGUGCAGCGUACAGGACAACCCCUGCCUCAGAGCAUCCAGCAGGCCAUGCGCUACCUCCGCAACCAUUGUCUGGAUCAGGUCGGGCUCUUCAGAAAAUCAGGUGUCAAAUCCCGGAUUCAGGCUCUGCGCCAGAUGAAUGAGAGUGCCUCGGAUUGUGUCAACUAUGAAGGACAGUCUGCUUAUGAUGUGGCAGACAUGUUGAAGCAGUAUUUUCGAGAUCUUCCUGAGCCACUCAUGACAAACAAACUCUCGGAAACCUUUCUACAGAUCUACCAAUACGUACCCAAAGACCAGCGCCUCCAGGCUAUCAAGGCUGCCAUUAUGCUCCUGCCUGAUGAGAACCGGGAGGUUCUCCAGACGCUUCUUUACUUCUUGAGUGAUGUCACAGCGGCUGUAAAAGAAAACCAGAUGACUCCGACCAACCUGGCUGUGUGCUUAGCGCCUUCUCUCUUCCACCUCAACACCCUGAAGAGAGAGAAUUCUUCUCCAAGGGUAAUGCAAAGAAAACAGAGUUUGGGCAAACCAGAUCAGAAAGAUCUGAAUGAAAACCUAGCAGCCACUCAAGGGCUGGCCCAUAUGAUUGCUGAGUGCAAGAAGCUUUUCCAGGUUCCUGAGGAAAUGAGCCGGUGUCGUAAUUCCUAUACCGAACAAGAGCUGAAGCCCCUCACACUGGAGGCACUGGGACAUCUGAGUAACGAUGAAUCGGCCGACUACAAACACUUCCUCCAGGACUGUGUGGAUGGCCUGUAUAAGGAGGUCAAAGAGAAGUUUAAAGGCUGGGUCAGCUACUCGACUUCUGAGCAGGCCGAGCUGUCCUACAAGAAGGUGAGUGAAGGACCCCCUCUGAGGCUUUGGAGAUCAACCAUCGAAGUCCCUGCUCUGCCUGAGGAGAUCUUAAAGCGCCUACUGAAAGAGCAGCACCUCUGGGAUGUCGACUUGCUGGAUUCAAAAGUAAUCGAAAUCCUGGACAGCCAGACUGAAAUCUACCAGUAUGUCCAAAACAGUAUGGCACCCCACCCGGCUCGGGACUACGUGGUGUUGAGAACCUGGAGGACAAAUUUACCCAAAGGAGCUUGUGCCCUACUACUCACCUCUGUGGAUCACGACCGAGCCCCGGUGGCAGGCGUGAGGGUCAACGUGCUUCUGUCCAGAUAUUUAAUUGAACCCUGCGGGUCAGGAAAAUCCAAACUCACUUACAUGUGCCGAGCUGAUUUAAGGGGUCACAUGCCAGAAUGGUACACAAAAUCUUUUGGACAUUUGUGUGCAGCUGAAGUGGUAAAGAUUCGAGACUCCUUCAUUAAUCAGAGCACUGAAACCAAGGAUACCAAAUCUAGGUGAUUACUGAAGCAAAGCAACUGUGUCCACCACCUGCGUGAUUGUUUCCAGAACCUUGCCAGUCCUUGGAAGAAUCAGUGUGUGUCUGAUCCUGAAGCAAAUACAAGUCAGAGUAUAGAAAGUGACUGUAGCAAUUUGAUACAUUUUUAAAGCUGCUUCCUGUUUGUUUAAGGUCUAUUCUGGAGACCUUGACUGGAAUAUAUAAGACUGUGCAUAUAAAAAAAGAAAAAAAAAAGUUCUUGUAUUCUAAUUCAAAUUGCUUCUGAGAAGCAAAACUCUUUAAAUACAUUAUGGAAGACAAUGAAGAUAUUUCAUUCUCUGAUAUCGGUGUAUGUUACCUAUGUCAUUGAUUUGCAGUAUGUCGAGGGACUGGUGUAUCCACUGGAAUAGUUGGUACUUGUGGACAUGUUUUCUCACUGAGAUGAGCAAAGAAAGGUUUGCACAGAGGAGUGUGAAUGUGUGUUUGUCACUGGUUGAGUGGCAUAGAUGUCUACGUUGGAAUGCAGUGUCUGGCACACUGAGAUGCCUCCAGGAAGGAUGUCGAUGCAGCAGGUUCAGUUUAACCUAGAAUAGUUGACUACCCAUGGAUCCAUCCAGAAAGGAGACCCAACAAACACUUGUCCAUUUUUUCUUUUCCAGGUUGGUAAGCAUAUUCCUUAUCCACCACUUCUUCUUUACUUUAGAAGUCAUUGCAGGUUCACUGUAACACUCGUUGCAAAUGCAGUUUGUUUUUAGACCUGAUUGCAAACAGGGAUGUAGUUUUAACCAAUAAAGAUGACUUCAGGAACAAUAAUCCCCUUCCCCUGACCUUAUUGGCUCCAAGGCACAGGGGGGUUUUGUUUGUUUUUAUCUUUUUAAGAGAGGUAAAAACUAAACACUCCAUUUACUCCUAAAUCGAGCAUCAAAACUUUUUUUUUUUUUAAAACCUGUUACAGUUCUUUGCAGUUUCAUGUGUAUAGCACAAACUCUUUGAGACACUAUGCAUGAGAACAUGGGAAACCGUCCCAAGGAAAUUCCUGUAAGUUUAACCCAGGCACAAAAGCCUUUUUUUUUUUUCUUUUUUCCUUUUUUGGUGGUUGUUAACAGCAUUCCUGAAAGCUGCACAUUUUUAUUAAUUGGUUUUGUUCUUAUCAGCAAAUAGGUUUUUCUGGUUUCUUGGCUUUUGUUUUGUUUGUUUUUCCUAUAUUUCCUUUUCUUUUCUUUUAUGAUGCCCUCAAAAUAUAUUUUAGUCCUAAGGGGAAGUAGUAGUCACAGUGAAAGAAUACAGCACAGUUUUCUGGAAGGGUGGUCUUUAUACAGGUUUUACUGUAAUGGUAAAGAUUGACUCUAGAGACAGUAUUAGUGAAUUUAUUUUGUAUGGAUCAAAAGUGAAUAAUGUAUGAAUGAGAGUUGUAAGAAGGAUUUUUAUUUUGUUAUAACUUAGUUACCAUUGUCAGUGUUACUAUUUCAAAGGUUCUUUGAAGAGUUGGGGGGUGGGUCAGAUUAGAAUUUUAAAAUUUGAGUAUUUUGGAUAUCAGUGUUCCUCGUAAAGAUAUAAUUGUAUGGCUUCCAGAUUUGUAAGAUUGUAUGUUGUAUAUACCAUUCUAUUAAGAAAUAUGUACACAUGUCUGUCCACUGUGCUUUCAGACAUAGGUAAAGCAUGACAAAGAUUAUUAUUUAAAAUAUACUUGUAUUUAUACCUCAGAUAUUCUUUUGGGUUUUGUACCUCAAGGCUUUUUCCCCCUUAAUGUAAAUACACUUUACAUGAAUACAGUCUAAGUGAAAAAAAUAAAUAAAAGGAAGAAGUUUAUAAUUUGCUCUAUAUCUGUACAGAAUAUAAUCAGUAAGUGCACUAUUAAAUGUUUAAAGUAAGGGAAAAGUCUGGCCUGCUUUACUUUAUUUUUGCAUCUUACUCCCAUCCUUCAAACCACAGAUUGCAAAGCAUAGCAACCCAACUUUGACCAAAAUUAAAAGACAGAUUGGCUGAAGGAAAAAAAUCAGACUGUAAAUUCAUUCCAAGGCCAAACUGCAACUGAGCCACACUCAAUCACAAACAGGAAACUCUGGAGAAGGUUCAGGAAGCAGGGUGACUCCAAACAAAGGUCCAGUUAGGAAAUGAUGCCCAGAAAGUUACGAGAAUAAGCAACAGCAAUGGAAAGAUGCUCAUAAGCAAAGUCAAGGUCACUACACUAAUUUGUCCCACAAAAGGUUUCUUCUUCCCCACUGUUGAGCUUCCCAUAGAAAGGAUUCCUUGGGAUAUUUCGAAAGGAUGUGGAUAUUUUCAAGAACUCCCACUUAGCUGGCCUAACACCUAUCUCCACAACUGAUUCAUGUGGCUAACUGCCUAGACUGUAAGCCCUUCAAGGGCAGGCGCGUCUCCUGCACAACCUCCUAACCCUCUACAGCAGCUUUUCAGUGUUUUUUGUACUUGGAGGCACCUAAUAAAUUUAUUAUUUGCUAAAGUUAA